CUCGUUCGGACAGUCGAUGGGGACUCCGCGACCAUGGAAGACAAGGACGAGCUGUUUCAGUGCCUCGAGGAGAAAAUCGCCAAUGGCCGCAAAAUGAUCGAGCGAUUAAAGCUCGAGGAUAAGAUUGACGGGAUUGAGAAACUGAUACGAAAGAUUCAACAAGAGAUAAAGUUUCUAGAGAAAGUGCAUUGUGCAGGGAACUUGAAGAAGAAACACUUACAGAGCACAAAUCUGAUUCACCUUAACGCUAUAGUGACUAGAUUAUUCUGCGCUAAGGAUCUCAUCAGUGUGAUGAGACCUUUUAAAUAUCAAAAGUCACGUCUGGAAGUUGAUAUAGUAUGUAAUAAUGGUGCUUCAUGGAUAAAAGUCAUAGCGAGAAAUGCUAGAGCGUUAACUUUGAUAUCCCUUGGUAAAGGAGAAUAUGGGCAGAAAUCUGUUCUAGAUCAAGCUAAUUCGUAUCUUAUGUCUAGCAAAUAUCAUCUAUAUCGCUACAAGCCACCAGAUGUGAUAUUCCACUUUGCUUAUGGCAUAGAGAUUCCUCUAGCUUUACGUUUGGAACAAAUGGGCAUUAUAGUUGAAGGAGAUAGAAUAGAUGUGGAUAAUGAGAAUUUAAACAAGGUAGAACACGAUAAACUGGAGUUGCUAAAAGAUUCUGUGAAUGAUUCCGAACAGGACUUGGAUUUACAUUCGUUAAAUACAUCUGCACUCUCAACUGAGAUUAAACUCCUAAAUCUAGAUGUAUCGACGCUAUUGGCUUAUGUUACAAAUAUGUCUAAUGGAUGUAAUAAUUAUAUUUAUCGUGAACCACUGCUUACGCAACAAUCUGAGAUGGAAAGAAAACGUCCCAUAAAACCAAUCCUGGAAAAUUUGUUUCAUGAGAAGGAACUCAUAAUUUGUCAGACAGCAUACAGUAAUUUUAUGAAUAUCAUCGAUGUCAUUGGUGGUCCAAAAGAGACGCUGCGGGCUCACGAAUUGUUAAAAAAAGUUCGAAUUGUUGAUGAUAUAACUACUGGUCGAGUUAUGCAACUGCGUUUAGGCGGCAAAAUUAAAGAUCGAUCGCGAUUGGUUUUCGCAACGGGCGAAAAUAUGAAAAGUAUCACUGUUUCUGCCAAUGAAGGAUUUGUAAGAGCGGCACGUAUGCAGGGCAUUGAGUGUACAGUUUUUUUACAUGAACCAAGAUCUUUAUCAGAAAUGAAAGAAAGUAAUGCAGUAAAAACAGAACCAUCUUGAUAUUACUUAAUAUUUAGGCAAUUACAAAGAAAGUAUAUGCUACAAAUAUAUUUUUAUUGCUAAUUUAUUAUAUUACUUUAUA